UACUUCUCUACGCGACUUAUCGAAAACCUUAUAAAAGUAAUUGAGAUGGAGAGAAUGAGUAUUUCUAUUAAUAUCUAUGAUUUACUGCCAGAAGGAACUAUUUCUAAUAUUGCAUGGAUGCUGGGUAUUGGGAUUUAUCAUAGUGGAUUAGUUAUUGGAGAUAAAGAGUAUGCUUAUGGGGGACAUUCAUUGGAAAAUGUAUCGGGUAUAUAUACAACGGUACCUAAAACAAUACCGCCAGGGGGGCGAUUUCGAACGUCGAUUAAAUAUGGAUCUAUAAUAAUUAUGCCGAAUGAAGUUGAGGAAAUUAUAUGUGAUAUAGGAAAAGAGUUUCAGGGACUUUCAUAUAAUCUUCUUACAAGAAAUUGUAAUCAUUUUACAUCCCAUCUUUUAUAUCGUUUAACAUCGUUAUCGACGCCAAAAUGGUUGAAUCGUGCAGCUUCAAUUGGAGUAGCAUUUCCUUACAUGGUUCCUAGUGGAUGGAUUGAGUCCCCAACGAUAGAAAACGAAUCUGAGGCGGAACUUUUUGAAUCAACAAUAAUACCUAUAAAAAAUACACCAAAGCGUUUAUAAACUACAGGGUUUCUAAACUACAACGUUUCUUAUUUUUAUAUAAACA